UUUAUAGUUUUAUACUGCAUAAAUUUCAAUGAAUCAGAAUCGUUUCGAUGAAUUGUAUAUACAGAUUUCAAAAUCAGAACAGAAGCAGUUCCAGCAGGAGGCGUUGACCACACACAACGAGUAUCGCGUAAAACAUGGCGUCCCAAAAUUAACUGCUUCGGAAGAUCUAAAUAAACACUCACAGAAAUGGGCCGAACAUCUAGCCAAGACCGGAAAAUUCGAGCACAGUGAACAGCGGCAGUACGGCGAAAAUAUCGCCAUGCACUACUCCUCCGAAACGACCGACUACUCGGGUAGGGAGUGUUCUAACCAUUGGUACAGCGAACUCAGAAAUUAUGACUUCAAUAACCCCGCUUUUUCACAGGGAACUGGUAAGCAUUUUACAUAAAAUCUUGUGUUCUUAUAAUUCGGAUCACUGUAAACAUUUAUCAGUAUCAUUAUCAUUACUA